ACUAUCUGCUGUAGCGUCACUUUUUUGCAAAAACCCGAAACGUAUUUCCAUUCACGUGUUUUUUGACCGAAUAGCUGUGACUACAACGCAACGUUGUUUCGUUUUGGGUUCGCACGAAAGAAGAUUUCACUUCUUGGCGCGUUCAGGGUCUCAAACGUGUAUUAUGUCAACUCUUUGAAAAGGACUAAUGGUAACUGCACGCGCAACAUGCUUAACUAGAAGGCCCAUAGCGUACCACGGGUCAAGGAGUUUGUGUAAUUUAGGCUCCCAUAGGCGAUACAAGUGACUUUUUUUCAGGGCAAGCUACGAUACUCUGGUUCCGCUCUCCAGUCCCAUGCCAGCGCCCCGCGUGCCAGGCUGCACUCUACCCCGAGGACAGUGCCCUAGGCUCGGGGGUUAGAUGGUGCUGAUCACGGACGACAGGGAUGGAGGAGGCGUUUCGUCGGUCCGGGUUAAACAGCUCCAUCAGCAGCAUAAAGCCGGGGGGAACAUCACCCAGGUCCACCCGACUGUUGUCGAGGAGCCGCUGUACAAAUCUGACGACGAGAACUACCUGGGCUCGUGCGAGGAGGACGAUGAAGAGGAAGACGAUGAUGCAUUCGAAGAAGUUGACUUUGAGAACUUGGAGGACUGUCGGAGUAUCGCGUCGGACGACUCCUUCUACCCGCCGGACGACGUGUUCGCGGACUCGGAGCGCACCCCGUCUCCGGAAAGCCCGGAGCCGCUGUCCUUUUUCCAGGCGUGCUGCACCAACAACGCGGCUAUCGUCCGGAUAAUGAUGCGGCAUGGAGUGAAGGAGGAGGCGGUGAACGAGAAGGAUAGGAAUAACAGGAUCGGGCUGUUGGUCGCGUGUUACCAGGGUUAUGUGGACGUUGUCAUAGCGCUGUCUCAGUGUCCGUAUCUGGAUGUCAACUGGCAGGACAGCGAGGGAAACACAGCUCUCAUCACUGCUGCUCAAGCAGGCCACAUAACGAUCACCAACUAUCUGCUCAACUACUACCCGGGGUUGGACAUCGAGAGGAGGAACUGCCACGGCUUCACCGCUCUGAUGAAAGCUGCCAUGCAGGGCAGGGUGGAAUGUGUGCGCUCGCUCAUGAUGGCAGGAGCUUCCCUGAAUGCCAGGGACCUCGGCCGCCACUUCACUGCCAGGGAGUGGGCCUUCUUUACGGGCCGCUAUGAAACUGCCUGGGUGAUGACGCGCCUGAUGGAACGGCCCUGCCCGCACCAGUACUGUGAGACAUAUAGUCUAGAGUGGCGCCCGCUGGCAUCGCUGGUGGCCAAAGCCCAGGAGCCCCGUGGCUGUCUGAGGCGCCUGUCUGACACCGUGAGGAACAUCUUCAACAUCUCGAACGUCACCAACCCUGAGGAUCAAGGUGUUAUCGACCACAUGGUUUCUGUAACGACGGCCAUGAGGAGCCCAGUCAUUGCUGUGGCAUGCCAUACAGUGUGUCCAGACAGCCUCCCAAGUGUGGGUAAACGGCGGUAUGCAGUCCCAGAGAUCAUCCGCCAGCAGCGCGCCAAGGAGCUCCGCUCCAUCAACCCCGACAGGGUGGACAGCCACCUCAAACUCUUCCAGAACUCCCGGGUCACACUGGUGGCCAAGAACUCAGCCGACCGCCGGGCCAGCCUUCAGCCCCAGAGCCUGGUGCCUCGACACCGGAGCUCCAGCCUGAGCACGGUGGCUUAUAACGAGGCCCUGGAGCUGCGGAGGACCAGCCUGCUGCCCAUGCACAUGGUGCUGAGGAGGAGCAGCGUCAGGCCGGGGUUCAGCAUUCCCAAAGUGAGGGUCUCCAAGGCCCCCACGCCCACGUACGAACCAGAGAAGAUACGGAGGAAGAGCAGCUUCAAAGACGGAGGGGGGCACCUGUUGCAACUACCAAAGUGGCGGUACAAGGAGCUAAAAGAAGAAAGGAGGAAAGCCGAGGACGCGGAGAGGAGGAGGCUGGAGGUUGUGACCAAGAGACACCUUGCUGCUGGGAAAAGGAAAUAAUAUUGCCUCAGAAGAUGCCAUGCUCACUUCAAAAGACUAUUAUGUUUUAGAGAUUUGGCUUUAAUAUUUUUCUUCAAGAUAUGAAUAAGCAGAUGUGUUCCUAAAAGAGGCUGCAAGGGGGAUGCUAGUUGACUUUAAAAUGUCUGCUGCAGCUUUGACAGCAUUAAAUGCACACUGCUCAGUGUCCUUCAUGAUGUCAAGCAGUGAUUACCCAGGGGAUUUGAUACUUGAAAUGCUUUUAAUUAACUUAUUUUUCAUAUUUAUUGCUUUUUGAUGGAUGGCCUAGUCUAUCUUUGAUUAGGCUUUGGGUGUUCAAUACAGCAGUGUGUUUACACUGAGUUAAGCUGUAUCGGAGCAGAGGACACUUAUUGACACAGAUUCUCUCAAACUGUAAGCACAGCAGGAAUCAGUGGAGAAUACCAGUAGGUGUGUCAUAUUGACUGAGAAAGCUAAACAUAAGCUUAUAUAUAUAUAGAUAAUGUCAUUUGACAGCAAUAUUUCAGACACUUUUUGUUCUGCUUUACAAAGACUUACCCAUGAAUGUAUUUACAUAUACAGUUUAUAUGAGAUUUGAAUACUUUUUGAUGAGAAACUUUGUAUUUUUUAUGAAAUAUAGACUUUUUCACAUACUGAUAUGAUAACAGCUAUGUUUUCUAGUCUUAACGUAAGAGACCAACACUGAAAUGUGAAGCACUAUUACUAUCUCAAAUGUUUACAUUGCAAAAGCCCAUUCAUCGCGCCGAAAGCGCCUCUGAGACUGAAUUUGGUGUGUACAGGGUAUAUUGAUGCUUUAUUAUACUAAUCAUUUCAAAUGCCUCCACUAUGUUCUGUUGGAAAGUUAAUAACACAUUGAUGGGAUUUUUUGUACUCUUCUUGAUUUCCAUAAAUAGGGGUUUAAUCUAUUAGCAAUUGCAGUAUAAGUAGAAUUGAAAUGAUAACAUGUGGACUCUCUGAUAAAAAACAGUCGACCCAUUAUUGAGCAAUAGGUCCGC